GUUCCCUCUCAUCAACGAGCACCGGGAGCGAUCAUGGACGCAUUGUGGACAGACGAUGCUGCCGCCGCCACCGUGGAAGUCGGAGAGAAAGACUCGCUGUCGACACGCAAAAGCAUGAAGCGCAAGGCAGCAGAUGUGGCGCAUGUCCACGAAGACCACUCGAUGUGGAAGUACUUUCGCGGCCUCGUCCCUCGCGUCUUUCAGCCGCUGGUGCACGCGACGACCUCUGCCGGUUGCUUGGACCCGAUGUGGGUGUGCCACGAUGCCGUCGACGACGCCCUUGAGGUCGAAGGAACUGUCACGAAUAUUCCUCGUCCGAUCGCUCGCGUUCGCAAUCAGCCAUCGCACGUCCGUGGUGAGCCGAUCCAGAUCGGCUUUGGCGGGUGCGGCGGCUUCUACAACUAUUUGCUCGGGGUGGCGUCAAUUCUCCAGGAACGCUUUGACUUAACCGACGCCGUGUUCUCCGGUGCGUCUGCCGGCUGCUUCCCCGCGCUGGUCCUCGCCAUGAACAAGAACGUCAGCGACUUCUUCCACGGUGCCAACUUGACGCUGAUCCGCGACGCCGACAAGAAGACGUUCAUGGGCUGGCGCGACUGGAUUCCGUUGACCAAACAACAUACCCUCAUGAUGCUGGAACCCGACACGUACCAGAAGCUGGACAAGAAGUUCUACUGCAGCAUCACGCGCGUGCCGAGCCUCGAGAACGAGCUCGUGACUUCGUGGACCGACAACGAAGACAUGGUCGACUGCAUGCUCACGUCCGGCCACGUGCCGCUGUACCACCCCGAGUACCUGCGGUCGUUCCGUGGCCACAAGUACAUUGACGGCAGCGUGUCCAAUAACGACCCGAUGCCGCUCGGCAAUUUAGCUCCCGCCCAUGUGUUUCACUUUUGGAAGUGGCGCCAGAUCCUUCCCCACUGGAUCCUCGUCUCGACCAACGCUAACUGGGCCAACCAGCAGUUUGAAUGGGGCCGCGCCGACGCCGUCGCACACCUCCACGAGAUUGAAACCGUCUUGCAUUACAAGGACGACGAACAUGACGAGUAAUAUAUUUAACAUGGGCUGUCGAGAAUAUGUGACGCCG